CAAAUCGGAAUGAAGUCUCUGCAAAAAGCUAUAUGAGCCAAGCGUAAUGCACAUCCAGGACUCUAGCUGUCACGAUGCUGCGGGAAGCGCUGUGUCUGGUCAUCUUGUUGGUGUCAGAGGUCCACUGCAUGCCGACCGAAUUUGACGCCAAAGCUAAAUGUGGAGCCACGUUCAAACUGACACUAGAAGAGGAUUACCGCGUGAUCAGUAAAGGUGUCCUGGACACAAACGACACGUGUACGUUCAAGUUCACCUCGGACAACACUGGCGAGUGUCAGGGCACCUGCUACAUAUUCGAUCAUUAUUCGGAGAUACGGGACGACAAAGUGACCUUAACCGUUGGCAAAAUGACCUACCGGAAAGGAAGCCAUUUCCCGAACGAGCCCUUGUGCAUUGAUGACGUCACUGUCGACGUAGAGUUGAUCCACGCGACGGGAUACAGGUUCAACAAGAACUACCCCAACUACAAGUUCAAGUUGAACGUUUACAAUAAGUGCGGGCCGAAGGGAAAAGUUGUUAGUCUGACCUUCGAUGAGGCAAUUAGCAAGGUUGAUGGUUAUCACCACGGAGAGGAAAGAGUGUCGCGGGAGAGGAACGUGCUUAUAGCGGGAAUUCUAGUGGGGACCGGACUGGCUUUAUCCUUCCUGAUCCUUGUGGCUGCCACCUAUUGCUACAACAGUCACAGCCCCCACCGCCGACCUGGCCGUAGCUCAAGUCGGCACAAACUUGACGGUAAGCAGAAGUUUACGCCUGGCCAACAACCCAAACAAGUCGAGAUGGGUGUCAGUUACAAGGUCACGGAUCCAGACCGAGUGGCAGCUAAACCACUCAUGUCGGACAAGAGCGGAGUUCCAGCCAAGAAAGAGGAGAGGACAGACGAAAGUGUGGAAGACGAAAAUGUCGACGAUAUCACAUCAGCUGAUGAAGCAAAAAAAGAGAACAUCGAACAGGUUGAAGCAAAGACCGACACUGAUGUAGGAAAUGAAGACAAAACUGAUGCAGUGCCUACACGGAGUGAGGAUUGAAUUUUCUAUUGUUAAUUGUUAUCAAUAUCGUUACCAUUGGUUUUAACAUAUAACAGGUUUUAGUUGUACAUACAUUUAAUACGAGACUUAUUAUAUAUUAUUGAUUUGUAAAUAAUCUGUCAAUGUACGCUUGAUCACUGGAAUACAUUAUUUGGCGACAAGUAGUUUUGGAGUUUACUCAUUCCUGGGUAUUUUAAAGAUAGAGUUCAAACAUUCAUUUUACAAUGAUUUGGCGUAAGGUUCCGAUAUUGAGUCUUUUGCACGCUAAAUCAACAUCUGCAAAUAUAAUUAGGCUAAUAAAAUAGUAUUUAAAAAACCAACUACAUAGCGAUAGUUUCAUUUAAAGAUUUGUACUGAUAAUAUGUUGUUGACGCUUGCAGUGUUUUGGUACCUCCCCUCCUUUUUGGCAUAGAUUAGUUAUAUGGUACUAGAAAUCUAGUUAAUUCAAACUAUUUUUGCUGAUCUCAACUCUGUGUGCGGGUUGCAGGUUUUAAUUUUAGUUAUGCAAGUUUUGUCUAUAUUUUUAUUAACAGGAUUCUGAUUUUGACUUCUUAUUAUUUUAUUUUAUGCUUUUAAGACACCCCUUCUGUAACAUAUGUUGGGGAGUUUUCUUUCAAUUAUUGUGUUCAAUCCAGACAAUAGAAACACAUGCUGUUCACUCUUUGAUGACAUGCAGCAAAAAGAAACAUGUAAAUAAAUUACACUAUUUUAUGUGAGUGUGCUUAUUUUGACAUUUUCAAUAGCAUCAUAUAUAUAUUUCAAAUCAAAUUUCUUAAUAUUACCAUGAUGCCAUUAUAAACCAAUAAACUGCUGUGCUUAUUAUUGUAAAUUGUUUUAUAAGCAAUAAAAUCUGUUUUAUAAGCAAUAAAAUCGUGUUGCUGUAUAA